AAAAGAAAUAUUUGAAGAUAGAAUUGCUCUUCCAACCAUUGGUGGUGUUUGAUGAUAAUCAGAAUUCGAUAGAAUUCUAUUGAAGGUGGCACAAUUUCUUGUGUAUCCAACUUGUCACACCUAUCAUACCAAUUGUAUCUGGGUGUGUAUAAAAUAACAACUUAUUGUUGCCAAAUCCAUAUACAAAAGUGUUUUGUAUUGAAACCAAUAUUCUUUCAAUUUUCUUCUAUCACAUGGAUGAUAGGUAGCAAGUGUAUGUGUUGGCCAUGUAAUUAUUUUUUCAGUUAUCUAACAAUGGGUGAUUUUCUUUUGUUUUGCCUUAAAGAACCUUCAAGUGAAAAUAGGUAAAACAGAAAUACCAGGCAACUGUUCCAAGGAUAAGAAUGAUUUUCACUCACUAUUUGCAAUGAUACUCCCAGUGAAGAAUCAAAGCCCCAACAGACUAACGGUGCUUCUCAAGCCAUUCAGUUGCCAAAUGUGGCUUGUAACAGCUGCAACAUUCUCUUACACGACCUUCAUUAUCUGGCUAAUGGAGCGUCACUCGAACCCUGAAUUUGGUGGGUCAUGGAGUGACCAACUAGCCAAUGUGUUGUGUUUUAUGUUCUCCUGUCUUUUUUCUAGCCAUGAUGAUAGAAUAAGUAGGAAUUACACAAGAGUUGUUGUUUUAUCAUGGAUUUUUGUGGCGGUUAUCUUAACUCAAAGCUACACUACAACCUUCAUUUCCAUGGUUAAUGAUCCGACUAGGACUAUGCCAGAUGUGAUGGACAUUGAGUGGCUGAAAGCAAAAAAUGCAAAAGUUGGUUUCCAAGUCGGUUUAGUAAGACCAUUUGUGAAAGAAGUGCUCGGGUUUAAGACACAAAAUCUCAAGGAAAUAACCAACAUAGGAGACACAUUGAAGAAGUUUAAGAACAAAAACAUCUCAGCUUCAUUUCUAGAACUAAAUCUUGCCAAAAAAUUCCUACACUCCACGAGUGGAUUUGUGGGACUGGGAUUUAUGAAUACACAUCAGGUACACGAUGAAUGCAUUACAGAAUCAGGUCACACGUCUUACCAACCGAUUAUACAAGUACUUUCGGAUAAUAAUAUCUUGCAGAGAUUGCAUGAAACGUGGGUUGCUUUUCCCUUGCUAGAUUAUCCAAUCUUAGGGAACAUACAAAAAGAUAGCGCGGAUCUUCAAAGUUUUAUGCCUGCAUUCGUGUUCUCCUGGAUUAUUUCAACACUAUCCUCCAUCUUGUUCCUCUUCUGCCUUGUUAAGGAAACGGUAAAAGACUUUAUUAUCAAAUUGCAUAUCGAUAUACUAGAACUGACUCAAUGUCUUGUGAAAUAUGUCAAAACUUAGUUUCAACUAUAAAGAUUUACAUGUACAUCUUCUUCCACAUAUAAAGCUCCCUCUUAUUGUA